AAGGUGUUCACCAGUCUGAUUACUGGGGCUUGACUUUGAAGAGGAUCUGGCACUAUUGGGUUUGUGUGCUGUGCACGUGCUGCUGCAGGGAAGUGAGGGGAGAGCAUGGUCCAACUGGGAAAACCAGGACAUGAGUUAGAGCUCCAAGAGGAGAUCUGAGAUUUCAUUGCAUGAAGCUGUGAGGGUGAAGUCGGGAUUGCCUUUUGAGACCACAAGAUGAGUGCAGUCACUUAUGACGAUGUGCAUGUGGACUUCAGUUUGGAAGAGUGGGUUUUGCUGGAUUCUUCACAGAAGAAUCUAUACAAAGAUGUGAUGCUGGAGACCUACAGGAACCUCACAGCUAUAGGCUACAGUUGGGAAGACCAUAAUACGGAAAAACAUUGCCAGAGUUUUAGAAGGCAUGGCAGGAAUAAAAGAAAUCAUACUGGAGAGAAACUCUCUGAAAAUACUCAAUGUGUUAAAACCUUUGCAUAUCAGAGUCAUCUUCAAAUACAUAAAAGAAGACAUACUGGAGAGAAACCCUAUGAAUGUAAUAAAUGUGAUAAAGUCUUUGUAUCUCAGAGUUAUCUACAAAGACAUGAAGUAACUCAUUCUGGAGAGAAACCUUACAAAUGUAAUCAUUGUGGGAAAGUCUUUGUACAUCACAGUAGUCUCCAAAUACAUAAUAGAACACAUACUGGAGAGAAACCAUACAAAUGUAACCAAUGUGAUAAAGCAUUUUCACAAUACAGUAAUCUCCAAACACAUAAAAGAAUCCAUUCAGGAGAGAAACCCUAUGAAUGUAGUCAAUGUGGUAAAGCCUUUUUAUAUCACCGUGAUCUCCAAAGACAUGAAAGAAUACAUACUGGAGAGAAACCUUUCAAAUGUGAUCAAUGUGAUAAAGCCUUUUCACGACAGUGUAAACUUCAAAUGCAUAAAAAAACUCAUACUGGAGACAAACCUUAUGAAUGCAGUCAGUGUGGUAAAGCCUUUGUAUGUCAAAAGAGUCUCCAAUUACAUAACAGGACACAUUCUGGAGAGAAACCCUAUGAAUGUAAUGAGUGUGGUAAAGCCUUUGUAUGUCAAAAGCGUCUCCUAAGACAUAAAAGGACUCAUACUGGAGAGAAACCUUAUGAAUGCAAUCAAUGUGGUAAAGCCUUUGCACAUCACAAUAAUCUUCAAGAACAUAAAAAAACACAUACUGGAGAGAAACCAUACAAAUGUAAUCAAUGUGAUAAAGCCUUUUCACAAUACAGUAAUCUAAAAAAGCAUAAAAGAACACAUACUGGAGAGAAACCCUACAAAUGUAAUCAAUGUGAUAAAGCCUUUUUUGAAUAUGCUCAUCUUCAAGUUCAUAAAAGAACACAUACUGGAGAGAAACCCUAUGAAUGUAAUGAGUGUGGUAAAACCUUUAUUUGUCAAAAGAGUCUCCAAAUACAUAAAAGAACUCAUACUGGAGAGAAACCUUAUGAAUGUCAUCAAUGUGGUAAAGCCUUUGCAUAUCAUAGUAGUCUCCGAAUACAUAAAAGUACACAUACUUUAGAGAAACCAUACAAAUGUAAUCAGUGUGAUAAAGCCUUUUCACAAUACAGUUAUCUCCAGAUACAUAAAAGAAGACAUACUGGAGAGAAACCUUAUGAAUGUAAUCAAUGUGAUAAAGCCUUUGCAUGUCGAAGGAGUCUCCAAAGACAUAAAAGAAAACAUCCUGGAGAGAUACCAUAUGAGUGAAAUUAGCGUGGUAAAUCCUUUGCAUAUCAAAGUAGUCUGCACAUAUAUCAAAGAAGACAUACCGGAGAGAAACCCUAUGAAUGUAAUUAAUGUGGUAAAGCCUUUGCAUAUUAGUAGUCUUCAAAAUCUCAAGAAAAUAUUCACACUAUAAAUAUAGUCAGUGUAGCAAUGUUUUGCAAUUCAUGGUAAUCUUUAUACAAGAGUAGAACUUUUAGUGUGUAAUUGGGCUAUUAAAGCCUGUGCAUAUAACAUUAAUCUGUGACGAACUGAAAAAAAAAAAA